CGCCAAGAGUUUUGAACGAUGGAAAUUAGUAGCGUGCUUUAUCCUGACGGCUUUUCUUAUAGUCUUUCCCUUUUAUAUACUACAAGUACAAGUGUACAACGGUGCAAAGCUAAUAUGACCUUGAAAAAAACUAUAGAACUAUUUUAUGAUGUUCUCUCUCCGUACUCUUGGAUUGGAUUUGAGGUGCUACUACGUUGUCGUGCAGUAUGGAACAUAAAUGUAGACCUUCAACCAGUGUUACUGGCUGGUAUCAUGAAGGAAUCUGAAAAUACCCCACCAGGUAUGAAUCCCAGGAAAGGUGCAUACUUAUUUAAAGAUGUUAAACGGAUAUUUGAAUUUCACAAUCUUGGACAUAUUAAAUUUCCUGAGGAUCCAGCAUAUGUCCUGAUGGUAAAAGGGUCAAUCCCUACAAUGAGAUUAUUAACAGCUGCAAAAAUAUCUCAUGCGAACAAACUUGAAGACCUUUCCAGAGAAUUUUGGAAUAGAAUAUAUAGAACAGGUGAAGACCAUGUGUCACAUGAGAGUUUAGUUGAGGUUUGCGUUAAAUGUGGCCUAAGUGUUGCUGACUCGGAGCAGUUAGUUGAAGAAUCAAAGACAACCACAAUUAAGGAGAAACUAAAAGAAACCACUCAAAGAGUACUUGACUAUGGGGCAUUUGGUUCCCCAACAUUUUUAGUUGAAAAUAAAAAUGGCAAGAAGGAAAUGUUCUUUGGUUCUGAUCGUUUUCAUCUAAUUGCUCAUUGCAUUGGUGCUCCAUGGCCUUUGAACAAUCCUAACAGCAAACUAUAAAUAUAUGUAUUUAUAAAAUUAUAUUACAAGUCAAUAAAAAAAACAAAAGCAA